UAUAAGAGGGUGCCGGCCAGGUCAUGUUUUCCUCAGUGUGUCACUGCUGAAGGAUCGUAGUGCAGAGCGUGUGCUGCUUUAUUCACCUGGAAAGACUUCUGGCAUCACUUCACAGGUGAAGAAGAUGAAGAUGAAGGGGAUUCUGGUCCUUCUCUGCAUAGCCGUGACAUGCAGCGCUCAGAAAUGGAAACAGGAGACUUCACGCUGGGACCCUAAAGCAGAAGAUGCCAACGGAAAGACUUGCUCCAACCUGACCCAGGUGCUGGACAACUGGAAAUAUGCAAUUGUAACCCAGGUGAAAGACCUGCUGAUCAAUGACCACGCCUCUGUCCUCCCUGAGUACAACAGGAUCCAGCCCCUGUCAGAUGCCCUCGGUGACCUCUACAGGCAGUUCAACACCCUGAAAGAUGAGCUGGGAAAGCUCACGUCCAAGUUCGACAGCGUGGAGGGUUUUGUGGACGACCUCAAGGCUGGCAGGUUCGCUCUGCCUCAGCGGCCUGUGCAGAGGUUCCCGCCCAGCAUUGGUCUGAGGUCUCCAUUGCGAGCACAGAUGAGGGCUCCGGUCAGGGGGAUCAUCAGGGGGCCGACGCUGAUCAGAGCGAGGAGGAGAGGGCCGCAGAGAUCUUAGACCUGCUGCCUGCCAGCUUUUCUCUUUUGUCAGUGCUGAUGUAUAAACAAGAGUGGAUGUUUGUAUUCUAUUAUUUCAGAAGAAGAUGAUUUGUUUAUAUGACUUUAUUGAUGUGAGAACAGGUCACAUAAAUAAGAAAAAUAAUGCAUGGUGUGGAAUAUUUCGCCCUACGAAGUCACUUUCAACCACAAAGUGGCGCCAUUUAUCAGACGAUCUUGUCAUCCUGCUGCUCCACGCCUGUUAAAAGCUGGACAUCAAGUAACAUAAUGGCUGAGAAUCAAGUCUUCAGUUGUGUGAUAUAUAUGAUAUAUAGUAUAGAUAUUUUUCUCUUAUUAAAAAGGGGCACUAUGUAGUUUUGGAGAAUAAAUUAAGUUACAGUACCGAUGAGAUCAUAAUACAAAUUCAAAAACAUAUUUAUUCUCUCCUUAAGUGAAUAAGUGAGCUGUUCUCGGGGGAAAAUGAAGUCAACAGAACACUGUUUGAAGCUAGGAAGGUGGCAGGGUCCGCCACAUAUAAACAAAGUGAAACAGCAUGGAACUGCAUUUUCCUUUAAGUUCAGUAUGUUUAUCAAAUUUAUUCAAUCAUCAAAACAAAGACAGUUUAUUUAUUUAGUUUGUUUAGCCAUACAAAAAAAAAAAAAUCAGUCUGGAAAAUCCUCUUCUGAUCAGAAUUUCCUCCCCAAAAUGACACAGUGCUCCUGUGUAUGAUACUCAUUUGUAUACUUUGAUAGUACUUUGUAUUUUUUACUCAAAUAAUUAUUAAAGAAAUAGAUUGACGUGCAACUGACAUUCAUUUGCAUUUGGUACACUGUGUCAUUGUUUUAUGAUGAUGAUGAAGAAUGAAGAAUAAAAAGAUGAUUGAGUUAUUGAAAGUCAUUACAUUGAUUAUAAUUAUUUCACCGCUGGCUGCUACAAGACAUUAAAAGCUUACUAUGCAGCCAAUUUAAAAUCCCUAUUCUGUCACAGUUGAUGUGGGCAACUACCAAGAAGACCCAUAUAAACACGAACAACAGGGAACAUGGAAGUGACUCAGCACUUACGCAUUUCACACAGCAGCAAGAGGGUCAAAGUCUCAAGGUAGUAAUAAAGAAUUGAAGACUCUCAAAAAAGCUCUGGUCAACCAUGCUGAAGAGUUUGGAGACAGGGAGGUUACUCCCAUACUCUAUGAUUUCAACCAAGGACAUGGUGAGAAAACGUCUUAAGAGUUGUCAGGUUUUUUUGUCUCUACUUUGCUGUUGUUCUUGUCUAAACACGCCGCCACUUUUGUUUCCAGGCAUCAUUUUUUCACCCUCACCCCCACGCCUCAUCAACUGUGUCGCCACUGAUCGGGAGAGCUGCAGCUUCAGUAGUAAAGUGCAAGUACAGAAAUGUGUGUAAAGAGUUAAAUGUCAAAGCAAUGCCUGUGAUCAAUAAAGCCCGGUCUACAGACUA